CGCGUCCGCAUGAAUUCGUAUAAAAGUGGCAACCACAUGCGGACAGGCAUCAGUUGAUUUUGUGAAGCUCAAGAAUUAACGUGAAAAAAAAAUGAAGGUAUUUAUUUGCUUGUUUGCUGUGAUUGCAUAUGCAUCCGCUGGAGUGAUUAGCUCAGGCUGGAACAGCGGCUGGCCAUCAUCGGGAUGGAACUAUGGCGGUAGUUAUGUAGCGGCACCAGUAAAGGUUGUUAAAUGGGUUCCGCCAGUUAGCAGCGGGUGGCCAUCGUCUGGUUGGUCAAACGGUUGGACAAAACCGAGUUAUUCUUCAGGAUGGUGGCCAAGCUCUGGCUGGUCUUCGGGAUGGCCAAGCUCAGGAUGGCCAAGCAAGUAUCCAAGCUACAGUAGUGGCUGGUCGAACAGUGCAUGGCCAAGCAGUAGUGGAUGGAAUGCCUGGCCAAGCAGCAGCAGCAGCUCUGGAUGGUGGUAAACUGUCUCAAUCAAAUACUCUUUGAAGCAAUUCACAACAGCCCAUUUACCGUUAAAUAAUAAUCAUAGGCGAGAUAAGCUUGCGGAUGAUGAAAAACAUACAAAAAAAUACAAUCAAUGAGAGCCAAUCUGUUUUUUUUUACAAAUUUAUUGUAUAA